AUGACAAACUCAACAACGCCAAUGAGAGCGGCAAAUGAGUUCCGCAGCGACACGUUCACGACGCCAACGGCGGCGAUGCUGCAGGCCAUGGGGAAUGCCACCUUUGGCGACGACGUGUACCAAGAAGACCAAACCACGACCGACUUCCAAAACGAAAUUGCCCGACUGACGGGCAUGGAGGAUGCCCUUUUCGUUCUUUCAGGCACCAUGGGCAAUCAAAUUGGCGUGCGCCUCCAUCUCAACCAGCCGCCUCAUUCAGUCCUAUGCGACUACCGAGCUCACGUAUAUGCCGAAGAGGGCUCCGGCCUCGCAAUCUUGUCGCAGGCCAUGGUAACUCCCGUUCACCCAGCCAACGGCAUCUACAUGACCCUUCAAGAUGUCGAGAACUGGGUCACGCUUGGCGACGACAUCCACACUGCCCCUACCAAAGUCAUCAGCCUGGAAGUUACGAUAGGUGGUGUUGUCACUCCGAUAGACGAGAUCCAAAAGAUAUCCGAGUUUGCGCACUCCCACGGCAUCAAAGUCCACUGCGACGGGGCUCGCCUGUGGAAUGCGUCUGCCGCGACGGGACACUCGCUGGCCGACUACUGCCAGUACUUUGACAGCGUCUCCAUGUGCGUCUCCAAGGGUCUCGGUGCGCCGAUUGGCGGGGUUCUCGCCAGCACAAAGCAAAACAUUAAGCAGGCGAGGUGGCUGAGGAAACAGCAGGGCGGCGGCAUCCGCCAGGCCGGCGUCCUUACUUCCGCCGCCAUGGUCGCGCUCAAAGAAGUGUGGCCGACCAUGGCGGAGACGCACCGGAAGACAAAGAAACUGGAGAAGGACCUGGCGGCGAUUGGUGUAGUGCCACAGAUCCCGGUGGACACCAACUUCUUCUUCAUCGACGCCGCGAGAUCGAAGCUUGACAUGGGGGUGCUGUUGGAGCAGUGUGAAAAGUUCAACGUGAGGCUCAUGGACGAGCGGAUCUCGCUGCAUCACCAGGUCAGCGACGAGGCGAUAGAGAAUCUCAAGUCUGCCAUUGCAGAAGCGGUCAGAAUUACCAUGACUUUGCCGCAUGACUACGUGCCGAAGAUACGGUCGUCUGGGUAUGGCAGUACAUCCAAGAUGAACGAGUAUAGAUGA